AUGAUGGCUGAGAAUACUUCUGAACUUCCACCGUUUUCAUUUAAGAAGAAACCGGUAAGUCAAUACUCGUCUUAUACGUCUACUCACUCACAUAUAUCAGACAUCCUCCCUUCUACUAGUUCUAAUCGAUCAGGUAGUGGAGACUCUAGUCAUGCAUCUUUAGCAGUAUCAACUACUCAGCCAUUAGAUACUUGCAAAGAAGUGGACUAUGAUGAGCAAAUAAGGGCGCCACGAAUGAACAACGCAAGUUUCUUUAGUCUUGGAAAAAAAGGCGAUGAGAGUAUGGUUAGUGGUGGCUCGAAUAAACGAAGCAACAGCGGGUCUUCGCUUUCGAAUGAAGGUGAUCUUGAGGUUGAGAAGAAGUCAUCUCUCACUGAUAACAAAUACGAACCUGCUAUUUUUGAUCUUUCGAAACCUACAAGACGUUUUUCAGCACCGACAAGUUCAGUCAAUGAUUAUUCGCAGGCAACUAUUCUUGACUACACAAAUGGUAAUUAUAUUUAUCAGAAAGAUAACGACGAACACCGAGAGCUAUCGAAAGCUCUUGAUAAUCUCAUUAGUAACACAUCCUCUCAAGAAAAGCUCAGAAGAGUUAAAAAUGCGGUCUUUAAAGAUAAAAUACAGUUGAGCAAUAAUACAUCUAGCAUAAAGCAAGUUUAUGAGCCUAAGAAGCCUUUGAGUACCCCUGCAGUGCUACGCCCUGCUAAUGAAAAUAAAGGUGAAAUUGAUAAUGAACAAGGAACCAUAAUAGAUGAGUCAAGCUCUAUAUCUAUGCCAAAUAGUGAAGUGCUCUUGGAUUCUUUAGACGAUUCCAAACAACUCAAUAAAGUUCAUUGGAAACCUAAUAGCUUUACAGAUCACUGUAUGAGAUGCUUCAAAAGCUUUGGCAACUUUUUUUCUCCCAUGAAAAGACGAAGACAUCAUUGCAGAUACUGUGGCUUUAUCUUUUGCUCCGACUGCUUGAUAGAUAAUGAACAGGAUAUCGUAUUGUUGGAUAAUGAUGCCAGAUUCAUGAUCCCAAUAUAUAAAAAUUUAUCUUCAAUUAGUUUCCAUGAAUUGUUCUUGAAGAAUUUCAAAAACGUAAAAAUUUGCAAGAAGUGCUUUGAAACCUACUCCAAAUUAAUCAACACAUUGAAUUUAAAAAAUUUGAAGCUACCAUAUGUUUUCAUAGAGAAUCCCUACGUCGUUAAGGCUGAGAAAGAGAUCGAGAGGAGCAAUGAAAUCAAUAAAGAAUUUAAAGAUGAGGACUUGAUUAAUGAGCCUCCAAUUAUUGUCGAUUCAAAAAAUAGAAAAUCGUCUAUUAACAACGUUCCAACAGAUUGGGUUUGGAGCUCAUUUUAA